AUCCAAGUGACUGUCAAGGAGCUCAAGAGCAACAAUCCACCUUUGGAGCUUACUCUAUCGUGCCUGACUUCGAUCGAUGAAUUGAAGCAUCAAGUAGCUGUUGCAUCAUCUAUUCCUGCAGAAUCCCAACGACUUGUUCUAUCUGGCAAGGCAUUGACAAAUACUAGAACCUUGCUCGACUAUGGCGUAAAAAAACAGGUUACUAUUCAUUUG